CCCCGCUGGCACAUCCGCGCGCCCUCCGCCCAACCCGGUCUGACUCUGCAAACAAACCUCCCCUCGUCCACGACAUCCAGCGCCCAGCACACGCCCAACGACGCCGCCACCACGGACGGAACGGGGAACGACUCGCUAUCGGCCACGGCGCCGAUCGCGAUCCAGAACGGCAGCUACUUGCGGACGGCGUGGUCCUCAGCAAGCCUGUCCGGCUCGCUGUCGCCCGGCUCGCUGAUCCUGUCGCCUGCCCUCAACGCCCUCGGCGACAUCACGCCGCUGCCCUCGCCGCUGGUGAUGGGUGACGGCUCGCCCGGUCCAUGGCAGCGGGCGGUUCCCCGUCCGCGCUCGCGGGGCGCAUCCGGCUCCUUUCGCGACGACUCCUUCCUCCACUUCAGCAGGGGCGCCCUGUCGCCCUCGCCCUCGCUCAAGAAGAAAGGCUACCAGGGGCUGAGGAACCCUUCCACCAGCGAGGCUUCGGGGGCGAGCCUGCAGCCACACUUCAACAGCGAGGCAACCCGCGAGAGGAACCGCAGCAUCAGCGACUACAUGCCCGACCCGACGCACAACGUCCGCCCCCGCCAUGUCACCAUUGGCGCUGCAGCAAUCGAGGCCGACGCCAACACGCAGCAGCUCCUGCGCCGCGAGGAGUAUCUGGCCGCCCAGCGAGGCCUCGUUCCUGCCAAACUCCCUGCCGGCCUCCCGACCCCACCCGCGAGCAACGCUAGUAAUCGGAGCGUGACGGAGAGCGAGGGAGAGGAAAUCGCUGAAGACAGCAAGAUCCGGUACAUCGCAGUGCGCUACGGACAGCAGAAGACGAAGAAACUGUGGCGCCCGGUGCGCCAGCUCGGUCAAGGCACCUUUAGCAAAGUCUACUUGGCCACGUGCGAGAGGACGGCAGCCAAAGAUCCGCUCAACGAGAAGACCCUGGACCCGCGCAAACUGGUUGCCAUCAAAGUCAUCGAGCAUGGUCCUGCGGGUGGCGCUGACGAGGAGCGCGUAGAGCUAAGCCUCAAGCGUGAAGUCGAGAUGCUAAGAUCAGUCUCACAUCCGUCGCUCGUACACCUCCAGGCUUUCGACCACGACGAGGCCCAAGCUCUCAUCGUCCUUACGUACUGCCCUGGUGGUGAUCUGUUUGAUGUUGCCAGCGACCAUCGAGACAUACUGACCGUCGACAUCGUCCAACGCAUCUUCGCUGAGAUGGUCAGCGCUGUGCGAUAUCUCCAUAACCAGCUCAUUGUCCACCGCGACAUAAAGCUAGAAAACGUUCUUCUUAAUGUCCCGGCUUCUGCCGUGCCCCAUCUCCAGAACCCACAGUGUCACCCGUAUCCCAUAGCGACUCUCACAGACCUGGGUCUCUCGCGUCGCAUCCCUGCGCCGCCCGAGUCUCCUCUAUUGACUACGAGAUGCGGUAGUGAAGACUAUGCUGCCCCGGAAAUUCUGCUUGGCCAACCAUAUGACGGACGCUCUACUGACGCUUGGGCGCUUGGUGUCCUGCUAUACGCCUUAAUGGAAGGACGCUUACCCUUUGAUCCUCUGCCAGGAAAAGCUGCAUCCCGCAGCAGAGCUGCUCACCGCAUUGCCAGGUGCGAUUGGUCGUGGGUGAAUUUCGGCGACGAAGACGGCGAGUGGGACGCGCAGAAGGGAGAGGAAUGGACUGGCGCACGGGAAUGCGUUGAGGGCCUGCUAAAGAAGGUCUCGCGCGGUCGCAAGAGUCUUGAAGAUGUUGAAAACAUGACGUGGGUGCAACAGGGCAUUCAGGUUGAAGGCGGUCUUCGGAGAACGGUGGAGGACGAGGCUUCCGACGAG